GUGGUAGAAAUAGCAGUGUAGCACUUUUUUAAAAACACCAUCAUGUAGUGCCUGAAUAGUGCCAUUAGUUUUUUGACAUUUCUUAAAAUAAAAAUGAAAGCGAUUUGGCCAAAUUUUAAUUUUUCACGGAUACCUCAGUAUAUUUAUUUAAAAAACAUAGGAUGUCAACCCUUACACAUAAUUAGAUGAGUAUGCAAGGUUCACCUAGUUUCCUGCACAGAUAUCCUGUUACCCUCAGAAGAGUUGGAAGUAGUCCUAAUUUCCACUUUGGAGACGCUUGACACCCACUAA